AUGUUUCUCUCCUGCAUUUUGUGCUUCAUGAACCUGCCCACGCCCCAAGAAGACGAAGACGAAGGUGAAGACAGAGGUGAAGACGAAGACGAAGACGAAGACGUAGGCGAAGGCGAAGACGAAGACGAAGGCGAAGGCGAAGACGAAGAUGGAGGCGAAGACGGAGGCGAAGGCGAAGACGAAGAUGAGGACGAAGACGAAGGUGAGGACGAAGACGAAGGUGAAGACGGAGGCAAAGAUGAGGAUGAAGACGAAGGUGAAGAUGAAGACAAAGGCGAAGACGAAGGUGAAGACAGAGGCGAAGGCGAAGAUGAAGGCAAAGACGAAAGCUAA